CACCCCCAAGCCUAAUUUUUUUUCCCAUCAUUAGAUAGGUUUCUUGAAAAAUGUCGAUGCCACAAAGGCCUCGCGAUACACAAUUAGCAAACAUAAUUGAUAAACUAGCAGAGUUUGUCGCCCGCAAUGGUCCAGAGUUUGAACAAAUGACCAAAAUUAAACAACAAAACAACGCGAAAUUCGCUUUUCUUCAAAAUGGAUCAGAAUUUAAUGCUUAUUACCAAUAUCGUGUUAUGGAAGAAAGAAGAAAUCUAAUUGGUACGCCACCGAAUCUUAACACCUUACAGCAACAACAACAGCAGCAGCUAAUUUGGUCCAGUAAUGGAAAUCCUCCAAAGCCUCAAAACGUUAUCAACUAUACUGCUCAAAUUGAAAGCAUUAAUGGUCAACAGAUGAAAUUAAGAGAACAAAUAAUGCAAUCUGAAAAAAAUCUUACAGCUCAACAUCAGGUAUUGAUAAUUAAAGUGUUAUUACAACAGCAAAAGGGUGAAAUUGAGGAUGCCAUAGAUCGAGCGCAGGCUGAUAAAAUCACCCAAUGCGCUCAGGAAAAUCAGAUAUCAAUCAAUGAAUUAGACGAUGUCCUACAACCGAUCAUUGAAAGCUGCACGAAAGACAGUAUUGCAAAUGGAAAGUUAUGGAUAUUGCAACAAACAUCUAAUUCAGCUAAAAGUCAAAUAAUCUCGCAAUAUAUUCUAAAAAAGGCUAUGUCACCGUCAGCAGCAUUUACUCAAAAAUUGCAUCUCAUUUAUUUAAUUAACGACUUGUUACAUUACUGUGUGCGGAAGAACGCUGAUGAUUUGAAGAAUGCACUUGAAAGCGUCGUAAUUCCAAUGUUUUGUAAUGCAACGAUUAGUGCAAAUGAUGAUGAAAAAGACAAACUUGAUAAACUUCUUACUCUUUGGUCAUCGAAGGCAAACUUUUUUGAUUCCUGUGCGAUAUCAAAGCUUCAAUCACCGCCAUCAUCAAUUCAGGAAUAUCAAAAUACUUUGUUUAGUCAGUAUGCUUCUGUUAUUACGCCUUUAACUCAAGCAACAAAGGCAAAAUUUGAGACCUAUCAACAGCAACACCAAGCAUACGUUAAACAUGCAACAAACCAGAUUAAAAUGUUGGAAACUGAAAAACAAAAGUUAGAACAGCAAAACAUCAAACAACAACAACCACAGAUCAUUCAAGAACUCGCACAAAAUUCUCAGCAAAUGAUUCCAUCAUUAAUCAACAGUGUCAACAUGAUAAUGAAUCAACAACAACAACAGCAAAAUCGUACUGAUGUAAGCAUGAUGCAAAACAUGUUGAACAAUCAAAACUUCCAAAAUCAGCAUCAAAACUUCCCAUUUCAACAGCAAAUAACACCGCAUCAGCAAAAAAUUCAUAUUCAUGCACAACAAGAACAGUUCCAAAACUUUAAUCUUCCACCACCAAGUUUUUCAAUUCCUGAUUUGUCACGACCACCUCCAGGAUUUUCAUCAGCUGAAAGUUCACCGUCUCAAUCGGAACAGCAUUUGAUAGCUGCGAUAGCUGAAGAACCUGAUCCUCAACCGUAUUUUACUCUUCCAGCUGGUUUAAUGGUUCCGUUGAUUGAUCUUGAAGAAUGCAAUUAUCACAGUCUUGAUACGGAAAAAAUAAAAUUACCGCCAGCAGCAGCACCAACUGAUAAGCUUUUAAAUGCCGUUGAAGCUUUUUACUCUGCACCAAGUCAUGAAAGGCCAAGAGAUCUCGAGGGAUGGGAGAAAUUGGGACUUUAUGAAUAUUUCAAAAUUAAAAAUGCUGUACGAAAGCAAAAAGAAGAAUCUAUUGCAAAGGGUAGUCGUGAAAAAUCCAAAUCACCAUCUCCAAUUCCUGCUUCAAUGACAAAACCAGUAAGGAAACAAAAGAAGAGAAUUUUUCACUCAAAAAGUCCUGAACCACGUACCAGUAGAUCAAAAUCUCGAUCAGUUACACCAGAAACAAGACCUACAAUCGUUGCGACAAUCAAUCGGAAUCGGAAUAAAAAAAGAUCAAGAUCACCAUCCCCACAAAUACAUUUAAAACGCAAUUUUAACAGAGAAUCACGAAUUGAUCGACGAAAACGGUCAGUGACACCGCCAAGUUUCAUGGGAGCGGCUUCAAAGACUGCAACUGAUUUUAUUGAUGAAGGUAACAAGGGACAUCAAAUGUUGAAGAAAUUGGGCUGGACUAGUGGCGGGUUAGGUGCUGUUAAAAAUCAAGGAAUCACUGAACCCAUUUCAGGUGGAGAAAUAAGGGAUCGAAAUGAUCUUUACAAGGGUGUUGGAAUGAACACUAAUGAUCCAUACGAAAACUUUAGAAAGAAUCGAAGCAAUAAUUUUAUUGUAAGAAUGAAAUCACGUAGUGAAGAUAAAAAUUGAAACAUCAACAAAGAUUCUAUUUAUUUUCCUUCGAGAUUUGUCAUUUGAUUAAAAACGUUAAUUGAGGAACGUUAGCUUAUAAAUAAAGAAGAACUACAAGAAAAUUUAUAUUCUAUUUGG